CGCUCACAGAAACUAUCCAUAACAAAUAACUUUUUUUUUUGCAGAUUUUCUACAAUGCCUUUCAAGAAGCCUCAUCACACCUCUGACGAGAACUACAUAACAAAGGAUGGCGACAAGUUCGUAAUACUUCCCAGAGGACUCAACAUUAUUUGGGGAAAUGAUUCUCGAUACUGGAAAAUACCAGAGAACGGUCCUGCGGAACUUAUACAAGUUUCAUGGCUGGAGGUAUCCGGGGUGGUAAACAUAACAAAAGCAGCGACAUAUUCUGUUUCAUUUGAGGUUAACGUUAAAGCAGAUGGAUUUGGAUGGAAGGGCACAGAUGUUCUUGUGAUGGCUAAAAUCGGUAGAAACGGAAAAUAUAAGUUUAAAGCAAACAAGCUAAAUCAUUGUCAGAACAUCGUCAUUCCCUACGAACGACUUGAGAUUCGUGUGGACGUCCCAUCGGAUCUUCAUUUUGGACUUUAUGAAGUCUGGAGCGGAAAAUGGAAGGGAGGCCUUGAAAUUAUCAAAGCUGUGGUCCAACCUCUGCCAUAACUUCAUCACCUUCUUGUUAUGUGUACUCUCUGCACCACACACAUUAUUCAAAUAAUUACAUACUUAUAUCUGUAAUAAAUACUCUAUUUUAAA